UGUUCGUGUGAGAGUUCAAAGGGCAAAGGUCGUGUUAUGCUUUUGCUUUCAAUUCGCAUGACAUUUGUUUAAUCAGCUUAGAUUCGUGAUGUGAUGGCUUUUCUCACUUUGUUCAUGAGAAGGCAGUUGCCGCCGGCCUUGUCGCACUUCGCCCGGACGGUGAGGAGUCUGGCCCGGCCUCCCGCCGCCAGAGCCCCGCUCCUCCGGCGGCUGCACGGCUCCCCCCGGCUGCGGCUCGGAGAGAAGGAGCCGUGGCUGAAGAGCCGGGGCCCGGAGCAGCACCAGCUCUCAGACCUCGACAAGGCCGACGCUUUGAUGCUGCGAAAGUCCCAUGAGACAGGAUUCCUCUCGUGGUUCAGGAACGGUCUACUGUCGACUGGGAUCGGAGUCAUCGCAUUUGUCCAGAGCGAUGUGGGGCAAGACGCAGGAUAUGCCUUCUUCAUCCUGGGGGGUAUGUGUGUGUCGUUUGGCGGGGCCUCGUACCUUGGCAGCCUGUUGGCCCUGAAGAGGAUGAUGCUGCUGUCUGUGCCAGCGCUGCUGCUCCAGAGCGCUGCGGUGGUCAGCGUCGCCCUCUUCUGGCUCUGUGCGGUAUCGCUCUACAUCGGCCGUCUGGAGCUGGAGAUCAUCCAAGAGGACGAAGAGGAUGACGACGAGUGCCGGGAGUGCCGCGAAAGGCGAGGACACCGUGGUUACCGUGGCUCCCACGACGGCAGACAUCACAACAGUGAGGACAAUGACAGCAAGGGGCCGAACAAGUAGACAUUCGGAACGAGCGGGAGUGUGUUGCUAUGAUUCAGGGCUUCCCCUUAUUUGUAUGUGUGUGUGCAUGCGACAGCCUACAUGUCCAUAUGUUGGCUGUGUGAGUCAAUCAAUACAGACUUUUGUGUAUUGUUAUUUAGAUGGAAAGAAUAUUGUUUGGAUGAAGAAAUCCUUUAAGACCUUUAAGAAAACUGGUCAUAAAAUGCUGAAAUCUGGGUUGUUUGACUACAUUGACUUCUGGUGAAUAAAAAUCAGCCUUUUGUACAAUUUCUUAUCAUAUAUUCAAAGCUGCUUCUUUUUCAUCAUCAAUUCAGAGACUCAAUGAGAACAUUAUAUAUAUGUUAUACAAGUUAAGUUUUCAUUCACUGUAUGCAAUAUUAUUUUACCCAUUUCUUUGGCUUCUUGUCUCAUCUUGUUCAACCUUAUUAACUCUGACUACUGAAUACUUGAAGUUUUCAUAAAAGAACUGAAGGUGGUUUUGAUAUGCCAUGUUAUCUAAAGAACGGGUCAUACUGCAUAUUUCAGGUCUGUCUUUCUUUUUUCUAAACCAAUGAGGGCUUACAAUAUUAUUUUACAGAGGUUUAAAGGUGAAUUCUGUUUAUCAGUUGUGUUUUGAUAGAGCAAAAGCACUUUCGUCAGUUUGUUUGUCGCUAUAUAGAAACUUAAGACUUUUAGUGAAAAGGUAUUUUUGCCACAGCCUUUUCCUGUAGUUAUACUAUUGGUAUGUACAUGUACUGUACCUAAAUGGAAACAAACCAUUAUACCUUUUGAGUUGAUUUUCACCAUCUGGUGAUUACUAUAAUUGCUGUUGUUAUGGAUGUGAAGUAUGGCUAAAGGUCUAGAUAUUGAAUGGUGUGCAACAAUUGGGUUCAUUUUGUUUACUUUUUCUUUCUGUAUGCACUAAUUAUAGUGCACCCUACUGUACAUACAGUAAUAAAGCAAGAAGAAAUCAG